GAGCUUGCUGCGGAGCGGCCUGUGUUCUCGCCACUGCCACGAUAUCUGCAUCGAUUACGCUGCGUAAGAUACGUCCGCUAUCCCCUUACUGCAGCCCUUGCAGCGCUGCAGCUCGCUGCACCGCACAGCUUCAAAAACAAUGAGGCGCUCUCCCUUGCUGGCUCUCGCGGCGCUGAGCACCGCUUUCGUUCUGCCACAACAACCACGCCUUGCCGUCCGCGUCCGCGCGGACGAGAUCGAAGCGGCAGAAGACGCCGCCGACGCGGAGCCGCGCACCGCGCCGGAGGUGAACAGCGGCGCCGAGGCCGUCGCGCUCCGUGCAGGAAUCAAAGCGUCGCGGCGCGUCUCCCACGCCAUCGCCGCGACCGGUUGAUGGCGCGCAGGUCGAGCUCCUCUUCAAGGACCCCGAGGGCUACAAGCUCGCGCGGGACGAGUACAACAAGAAGAUGAAGGAGGAGAUCAUGGAGGAGGGCGCCCCCGACAGGGCCUUCCUGCUCCAGGCGGCCGCCGUCGGGCUCGGGAGCUUCCUCUUCGGCUUGUACGGCCCGAAGCGAAAGGAUGACUAAGAAA